AUGUACGUAAGCGUUCUUAGUGGUCCCGAAGCAGCGACCCCUAGCUCUAAAGUCCCCCCUCCCUCCCCAAAAUCUUAUUUUACGGGUUCCCGAUCUCUGACCCCCGGACCCAAUCCUGAGCAUCAUGGCAACCAGCGCGUGCACUUCUUUCCAAUCCCGAUUUUCAACACACCAAAGCCCAUGGACAGAUCUGCAAGGCCAGCCAGACACAACCGGCAAGAUGAAUUUACCUGCAAUAUUCAGAAGCUAUAUUCCUUCUCGGUAUGGCCUUCACCUCCAGUUGAGCUGUCGAUCCUCAUCUGUGUUUGCUUUGCCGGCUUCAUCUCACCAGAGGGCCAGGUCCAGGGUCGUAUGUCUGGACCUCAAGGACGCUUAUACCUUGUUAUCUUUAGAUGUCCCUACUUCGUAGCUGGACCGUAUCACCUUCAUGGUCUUAAUCUUAGCCGAAAGUCUGCGUUGCUACAGGCCUAGGCGAAGUCUCACUCUACCUUACCUUUCUUUGUGCUUUCUCUUUGCCGUAUAAGUCCACAAUACUUGUACUCGUAUACAAAUCGUACACGGAUCGGAACCACGGCCUAGAUCUUGCUCACAGGAACGCCCGAUUCGGUUGAGUUACAUCCAGUGUUGAGGGAUGUGGAAUAGUCUUCGUCACUGAGUUGGCCUCCAACACAGAAUUGCCAGUAUCGUAUCUGCUUUUCU